GGAUUUGGCACGCAUGCGCACUGACAGUUUUUACUCCCGAACUGAGCUGUUGCUCGGCUACUGUCGGGAAUUAGCGGCUUUUCUCGACCACAUUUGCACGAUCACCGCUGCCAAACGGAACUGAAGUGCCAUCUUUUUGUGUUCACCGAGUGGAUUUCAAUCACAGGACCACUGAAUUCAUAAAUCUCAGAGGAUGGCUCUAUUAUUGGCGCAUCCGUCCCUGAUGUAACGUUAGCCUGACGGGCAUGCCACGUCUCCUCCGCACACCUGCACACGUGUGAAAGCCCCGGAUGGGGAUGCCUUGACUUGUGACGGCAUGGAGGAACACACCUGUCCUAGAAGCAGCUGCCAGUGAAGAUCCGAUUCGUCCACAUCACCUGCGCAUCCACUCCAGCAAUGGGAAGGAUUAGCAUUUCAUGCCUGUUUCCAGCAUCCUGGCACUUCAGCCUGUCUCCGGUGGUUCUGCCCCGGUUCCUGUUGCCUUCCUUCAGGCAGUUGCUGCUGCUGGGUCUGUUGACUGGUGUGAUGGGGCUGCUGUACCUGCUGCUGGUCACAGGGAAGGGCCAGUACAGCUGGUUAAGAGAGGACCGACACAUCCACACACGUUUGGGUCGGGUGCCGGACAUGGAGGCCACGGACACCAAUAACCCCAACCUGAACUAUGGGCUGGUGGUGGACUGUGGCAGCAGUGGCUCCCGUGUGUUUGUGUACACCUGGCCUCGGCACAACGGCAACCCGCAUGAGCUCCUAGACAUCAAACAGAUGCGAGACAAGCACAGGAAGCCUGUAGUCAUGAAGAUCAAGCCAGGUAUUUCAGAGUACGCAUCCACACCAGACAAGGCCAGCGACUACAUCAGCCCUCUGCUGAGCUUCGCUGCUCAGCACAUCCCUAAGAACAAGCACCAGGAAACGCCUCUCUACAUCCUGUGCACCGCAGGAAUGAGAGUCCUGCCUGAAAGCCAACAGGAGGCUCUGCUGGAGGAUUUGCGGACUGACAUUCCUGUAAAUUUCAACUUCCUAUUCUCCGACUCCCAUGUGGAAGUUAUCUCAGGCAAACAGGAAGGAGUAUAUGCAUGGAUAGGAAUCAACUUUGUUCUGGGCCGAUUCAAUCAUGUUGAGGAUGAACAUGAGGCAGUGGUGGAGGUGCAGGUUCCUGGCAGUGACCAGCAGGAGACGCUGGUGCGCAAGCGUACGGCUGGAGUAUUGGACAUGGGUGGCGUCUCCACUCAGAUCGCAUACGAAGUGCCCAAAACUGUAAGCUUUGCUUCUCCACAACAGGAGGAGAUAGCCAAGAAUUUGCUGGCGGAGUUUAACCUGGGCUGUGACGCUCACAGAACAGAACACGUGUACCGCGUUUACGUCUCAACAUUUUUGGGUUUCGGUGGAAAUGCGGCUCGCCAGAGAUAUGAGGCAAACCUCAUCAGCACCACACAAAUCCAGAACAAGCUGCUGGGUCAGCAUCAAGGAGAGAUUGCAGACUCGCCCAUCCUCGACCCCUGCUUGCCAGCUGACCUCCAGGAUGAGGUUGGUCCUCAGGAGCAGAGGGUGCACCUGCGUGGCACUGGAGACUUCGACCGCUGUCGUCUGCUGCUCCAGCCGUUCCUCAACCGCACCAACGACACCAGCACAUCUCUGAACGGAGUCUAUCAGCCACCCAUCGACUUCACCAACAGCCAGUUCUACGGCUUCUCUGAGUUCUACUACUGUACUGAAGAUGUGCUGCGCAUGGGAGGAGACUACAACUCCACCAAAUAUUCCAACGCUGCUAAGAGUUACUGUGCCACCCAGUGGAAGACUUUGAAAGAGCGGUUUGAUCGAGGACUUUACGCCUCGCAUGCUGAUCAACAUAGAUUGAAGUAUCAGUGCUUCAAGUCUGCGUGGAUGCAUGAGGUGCUCCACUCAGGUUUUGUGUUUCCAGCGGCGUAUGAGAAUCUCAGGACGGCCCUGCUGGUGUAUGACAAAGAAGUGCAGUGGACACUAGGAGCCAUUUUGUACCGCACACGUUUUCUACCUCUGAGGGACAUCCCGCAGGAGAGUCUGAAAGGCUCUCACUCUCACUGGCACCACAGCUUCUCCUUCAUGAACAACCACUAUCUGUUCCUGGCCUGUUUUCUGGUGGUGGUUUUGUCCAUCCUCCUCUACCUGCUCCGGCUGAGACGCAUACACAAGCGCUCCACACUCCUGCGCGGUGCCUCCGCUUCCGUCCAGUGGCUGGAGGAGGGCCUGGGUUCACCAGACCUCCCUGUUACCCUAUAGGGCCCUGGACCCCGUCAAUCAAACAGCUGGCCAAUCACUGGAGGAGACGUCACGUCGGCCCCUCACUGGCCAGUUUUGCAUUUUCACAGAAUAAUUUGCAAAGGAUUCUACAUGACAUUUGCAGCCAAGGCCAGUCAAACGUUGGUGUAAUGUAAAGAUUGCAGCUCUGGGAAGGACCGCAUGGCUGCCUGUGAUCAGCUGUGAUGUUUAGUUAUUUAUUAAGAACGCUGAGGCUGCCUUUUGAUUUUCAAUGUCACUAUCAAUGUGAAAGAGGGCGUGUGAUUUGAGUAUGUUUUAUAUACGUGUCCCCAAUUUGCAUACUCCAUAGUCUAGACAAGAUUCUGAGACCUCGAGACUGAACGCAUGAUUAAACAUUUAUUAAAUGAUUCGGUUGUGCCAAAGAGAAACAGAGUGAGAUUCAUUUUUAAAGAUGAAUAUUAAAUGUUUUUACCACCAAAAA